AUGCCAAAGAGCAGCCAUUUUGAAAAAUCAUUUAUUCCAAAAAAGGCUUAAUUAUCUGAAGGAUCUUUAUCAAGAAAGAUAGGGACAAUCUCAAUUUAAUAAAAUGAUUUAAAUGAAAAACAAUAAGAUUAAUUAGCUUAGAUUGAAUUAAAUAGAAAAUAAUCUGAGGAAUCUAUUAAACCAGCUUAAUAUAAUGGAAUCCCUUUAUUAAAUAAAUAAUAUUAAAAUGAGAUCUAGUAAUAUUUAGAGAGCAUAGAAGUAUAAAUAUAUUAUAUAUAUAUAGGAAAAACCAGCAGAUAAAUAUCUAAUCAAGUUUUCUCUUAAUUUUAAAAAUAUUGGUAAAGAAAACUAUCACAGAUCAUUUUUUAUACUUGAAAUUAUAGAUAUAAGGAGGAAAGAUUUAAUAGGGAAAUCUUUAUCUGAAAAUUAAAAUUAAUAAACAAAUGAUAGUAAAUUCUAUUCACUUUAAAAUAAUAAUCAUAGUAAUUGUAUUUUAAAUGUUAGAUACAACAUAAGAGGAAGAACAAACUAAAGCUAAUGUAUCUGGAUUUGUUUAAUCAGAAUAACCAUAUUCUGAGAUUGUUCCAGUUAAUAAAGACAUUGGUUGUGGAGUGACUGAUCUUUUGGAAAGAAUGGGACCUUCAAAAAAGUAAAAAUAAGAUCAAGAUUUUGGUUUAUUCAAUUUAGAUUCUGGUAGAGAUAGUAUGAGUUAUGGUCCUUUAUCAUAAAGAGCUCAUUUUAUAAAUCCAAAUUAAAAAGAAGGAGAAUUAGAAGAAAUUGUAAAAUUGGAUUAAGAUUUCAAUGUAUUAGGAAUUUAAUUGAAUAGUGCUAGUGCUAUUAUGUAAAAAGUAAAAAACUAAUAAUACGAACCUGAAGAUGAAUUUGAUAUUGAUGAAUCACUUAAAUAAUAAAAAUAACAACUUGGUAAAUCAAGUAGUGAUAAUGAAAAGGAUAAAAAAAAUGAUAUUUUAGAAAUAAUGAAGAAGAAUAAAUUGAAAGGAAAAAAUCAUGAAGAAGAAGAUGUUGAAGCUUUAAAAUCUAAAUCAAGUAUGACAUCUGCAACUUCUGGAAAUUCAGCAAUUUAAAUUAUAAAAAAGUUUUAAAGCACUACUCAUCUUACAUAAGGACUUAAAUUUAUAUCUAUAUCUAGUUUAAGUGUUUUUUUAAUUCUAAUAAUCUUGAUAACAGUACAUUUAGUAAUAAUAACAAUUAGUAAUUAAGAUACAUCUUUAACUAUUAAUGAUAUUAAUGGACCUUUCAUAUUAAAUAGAAGUUAUUUAGAAGUUAUUUCAUUUACAUGGAGUUUAAUUGUUGGAACUUUAGAUAUUAUUGAUACAAGCGAAUUUAUGAAAGCAUAAACAUAUAGUGAUUUAUAUAACACUACAAGUGAAUUAUAUGAUGAAAUUAAUAAUAUGUAUUUAGGGUUUAUUGAGGUAGAAGAAAAAGGAAUGUUAUCAUUAUAAAAAUUUACUUUUUUAAAAGGAAAUACAGAAGAUAUAAGAUUUCCUUAUUUUAUUAAUUUAAUUGAGGGAACCUUAGAUAGAGUUGUAAAAAUAGUUUAACUUGAAAUUAAAGAUUUUUCUAAAAUAUUAACAAGGGAAUAUUUGGAUUAAUUAUUUUUAUUGAGAUUUAAUCUAAAUCAAUUAUAUUUAAUGUCAUCAGAAUUAAUUGAUUCUUUGAAUGUAGUGUUUUUGACUUAAACUAAUGAAAGGGUUAUUGAGAUGUAGACUUAAGUUAUUAUUGAAAUAAUUUGCAUUGCUGUCAUUUUAUUAAUUGAGUUGUAUUUUUGGAAACAAAUUUAAAAUUAUAGUUAGUAAUUAAUGCUUUUAACAGGAAGACUUUAAGAAAGUGAUGCAAAUGAAUCUAUUGCAAGAGCUUCUUUGGUUAAAGAAACCUUAACAUAAUAAAGUGGAAAAUACAGUUGGAAGAAAUAAAAUUAUUAUUCUUUAAAUUAUUAAUCUCUUAAUACAUUAAAUUUUGAACUAUUAAAUUAAUAGUCUAGAAUUAUCAAGGAUUUAGCUUUAAAAAAUCAUCUUGAUAUAAAUUAAAAUAAGAAUCAUUAAUAAGAAAAUAAUAAUAGAAAGUAAUAAUCAUAAACAAAAAGAAAUAUUAAUGUAGUUUUAAGUUCAAGAAUUUAUAAUACUCAAAUAAGCUUGUUAUCUUAUAUUAUUAUGUUAUUCAUAGUCUUUAUUAUAAUAGCAUUAAUGUUAUUUGGAGGAUUUUUAUUAUUUUCUUAAUAAAUUUCUGAUUUAGGUCCAUCUUAAGCUUUAACUGGAAAUUAUAUUAAAUUUACUUAAAAGUUGGACACUUUAAUGGCAUGUGCUUUAAUAUUAAAGACUUAAUAGUUAGUUUAUAAUGCAGUAAUAGAUUUAGGAAUUUAUGAUCAAGCAACAAUAAAUUCCUUCCAUUAAACAAAUGAUAUAGUUGAAUUAUUCAGUGAUUUAAGUAAAAUCUAUUCUGAAAAUUUAACCUCUAUAUAUGAGAGUAUUUUAUAAUCAAAUAAAAUAAAAGAAGAGGAUAAAUAAUUUUUAUUUUCACUUUAUUAAGAUGAUUUUUGUCAAGAACUUAGUGAUGAAAUUCCUAUGUGCAAUUUAGAUGAUUUUGGAUUUGAAAAGUUUACUUAAGCAUUUGAAUAACCUAUUUUACCUUAAGAUGAUAAUAGAGAAUAUGUUAACAAAGGUAUUGUUGGAGUAAUAAGUAGAUUGGAUACAUUAUUUGGUUAAUUUUUUGAUUAUGAAAUUGAGUUUAAGUAAUUUUAACCAGAUACUGAUUUAUGUUUAGAAUAAAUAAAAAUGAAAGAGUUUAGAAAUGCAGUAUUUUCUCACUUUUUAGAUACUAAUGAUGGAACAAAUACAUUUUUAGAUAUCAUAUAUAUUAGUAUUUAUGGAAUAUUAGAUGAAAAUCUAAGAUAUAUAUAUCUGUAUUAUGGUGUAGUUGGAGUAUUAGUUGGAUUAUCAUAUGCAAUAUACUAUAUUGUAAUAAUCAUUAAAACCAAUAAUAAAUUAAUUAGAACAAGAUUGGCUUUGAUUACAUUACCUAUUUCAAUUUUAACAGAGUAACAUACAAUAUCAAUGUUAAAAAGAUUAAAUUGA